GCCGCUGGACGAGCAGGCUGCAUGGUGUACAGAGCACAAGGGCGCGUGUUAUUGAUGCCGAAAAGAGCGCGUUCUGUGAUAAGAAGCGGAGUUUGAAAUGACUUCAACACCUGAAUUUCUUUUCUCUUUACUUCCAACACGGUGACCUGACGGUGACACGGAAUUUUCCUCCAAUAUGGCGGAGCUAACAUAUGACACGCUUAUGGACGAUGGUAACUAUCUCGGCUCUGAGAGAGCGAGGAUGGAGAACCAGGUCAUACUGAACGAGUUGGAGCGUAAAAAAAAGGCGCGUAAUAUAGCCGUGCCCACAGACGAUAAUCGUGUCAGGGCACGGCUCAGAGAAAUUGGGGAACCUAUUACACUGUUUGGUGAACGACCCGCAGAUCGACGGGAUCGUCUAAUAUAUGUCCUUUCCCAAAUCAAACACGCUCGCGGCGACGAUGGCAUGCAAGUCGAUGAAUCUUCAGACGAAAGUGAAGACGAAGAAGAGGAAUCCGAAUUCUAUACCCCGGGCUCUCUUGAGCUUCUUGAAGCGCGAAGGAAGAUUGCCGAAUAUUCACUCCCCAGAGCUCAAAAACGGGUCGCUCAGCAGCUCAUAGAUAGUAAAAUGGAAUUAGGUCGAAUAGUCGAUAUACGGAAAAAGGUUUUUGGGGAAGUUAAAAAAUUCGCUAUUCUUGGCUCACAAAUUGGCGACGAACGACCUAUCUCCCAAGUCAGAUUCUCGCCCAACAACGAGAUCUUAGUUACGGGUAGUUGGUCAGGAACAGUCAAACUAUGGAAUGUGCCUGCUUGUACACCAGUACGCUCACUUCGAGGGCAUAGCGAUCGUGUGGGGGGAGUUGCGUGGCAUCCACAAGCAACAUUAAAUCAGAGCCCCGAUUCCGUCAACCUUGUGAGUGGUGCUGCAGACUGUAAUCUGCAUCUGUGGUCUCUGAACAGCGAAUCACCUCUGUCCGUUCUUAAAGGUCAUCAAGAACGUGUUUGCAGAGUAGCAUUUCACCCGUCAGGAGACUACGUCGCCAGUGCGAGUUACGAUACUUCGUGGCGUUUAUGGGAUGUUGCCACCUCCCAAGAGCUUCUUCUACAAGAAGGACAUUCUAGGGAGGUCUACUCUAUCGAAUUUCAAAACGAUGGCGCGUUGGUUGCCUCAGGGGGCCUUGAUGCUAUUGGCCGUGUAUGGGAUCUCCGUACAGGUCGAACCGCAAUGGUCCUAGAUGGACAUGUACAAGGCAUUUAUAGCGUUGCAUUUUCCCCUAAUGGAUACCAAAUUGCCACUGGUGCAGGCGACGACACGAUCCGAAUUUGGGAUAUGCGAUCAUUAAAAUCGCUAUACACUAUUCCGGGCCACACUUCGAACAUCUCCGACGUCCGGUUCUUCCAAGCCAACGAUUUGUUCUUCAAGAAACCCCAGACUCCCGAACCCACCUCCCCCGACGUCAAUGGAGACACAGGAGCAAAUGAAUCCGCGGUCUCCUCCCGGUCGGACACACCCAAACUCGACAAACCGGAGGCUGGGUCACCGACAUUCACCCCCGAAGAAGAAUGGUCUUAUCGUUCAGGAUUGUUCUUUGCCUCUGGAGGCUAUGACGGCUAUGUGAAAUUAUGGAGUGCUGAUGAUUGGCAGCUUCUGCGUACGCUCACGACGGAUUCGGGUAAAGUCAUGUCGGUGGAUAUUUCAAGCAAUGGGCAUAUGAUUGCUGCUGGGACCUAUAAUAGGAAUUACCAGCUGUAUAGUGAUUUGGAGUAGUUUCGUCAAGAUAUGACGGAGAUAUCCCCAGUCAACGACGAAGGUACAACCAAGGUAUGCAUGCUCAAGAUGGCUUUCAACAGAAAUAUUUGCUCUCACACUUGUUUUUACUUAUUAU